GAGAGAAGAGAGAGAGAGAGAGAGAAAUGGGGGUUUUAGUUAAGUAAGGUGAGCGUGAAAAGGGGCGGGGGUGGUUGAGAAGUGAGGGAGUGACACAUGUUAAGCAUCCAAUCCAACGCUGCCCGUAGAUACCACGACAACCCCACUCCCACGUUUCUAUUCUAUCGUAAUUACUAUUCUCUCUUACAACGCCGUUACCCAAUCACACGCCGACACCUCCUAACGCCGUCUCUCCUUCCUUCAGUCUAUUGUCUUCCCUUCUCUCUCCUCUCUUCCUUCACCCAUUUCCGAUUCACCCCACUCUUCUCCUCUCAAUUCACCCUCUUCCCAGGAAAAAAAAAAAAAAAUAUAUUCCAUCCCACUACUGUUUCAGACAGUUGUAGAAAGAAAACCAAAACAAACCAAAUCCUAAGUUCAGGCUCCUCUUCAACGUUACACAGAUGCAGAUGGCCGUAUCCCCACCCGCAACCUAGAGUUUCAUUCCAUCCGAUUACCCUUAAAACUAUCUCAAGUCUCAAUUCCCUUUCCCCUCCUCCAUCUCCAUGGGGAUUUUCUCCUCCUCUUUCCUUGUUACUACCUAGGGUUUUCCAACUUCCUUCUCUUCUUUCCCGCUUUUGUAUGACACUUACCAAUUCCCUACCUACCUCCGAGAUCUGUCAUCGAAUGGCCUCCUCCGAGGUUUCCAUCAACCCCAAUUCCGCCUCCUUUAACGACCAUGCGGAUUCUACCAAAGACACCUCCGAUCCACCCAAACCUCUCUCUUCCAGGGAUGCUGAUAUCGCCCUCUACACCGAGCUCUGGAAUGCUUGUGCUGGUCCUCUCGUUUCUGUUCCUCGCGAAAACGAGCGCGUUUUCUACUUCCCUCAGGGCCACAUCGAACAGGUGGAAGCAUCAACUAGUCAAGUGGCGGACCAACAGAUGCCUGUUUAUAACCUCCCAUCCAAGAUCCUCUGCCGCGUUAUUAAUGUGCACUUAAAGGCCGAGCCGGACACCGAUGAGGUAUUUGCGCAAAUAACUUUGCUUCCAGAGGCUAAUCAAGAUGAGCAUGCUGUGGACAAGGAACCCCCACCUCCUCCCCCGCGGAGAUUUCAUGUGCAUUCUUUUUGCAAGACUCUGACUGCCUCUGACACCAGUACUCAUGGGGGGUUUUCAGUCUUGAGACGCCAUGCUGAUGAAUGUCUUCCACCACUGGACAUGUCACGACAGCCUCCUACCCAGGAGUUGGUUGCAAAGGAUUUGCAUGGAAAUGAAUGGCGUUUUCGUCAUAUAUUUCGAGGGCAACCACGAAGGCAUUUGCUUCAGAGUGGUUGGAGUGUUUUUGUGAGCUCAAAAAGACUGGUUGCAGGAGAUGCUUUUAUAUUUUUGAGGGGUGAGAAUGGAGAACUGCGCGUUGGUGUUAGGCGUGCCAUGAGACAACAUGGCAAUGUUCCAUCGUCGGUCAUAUCUAGCCAUAGCAUGCAUCUUGGUGUGCUUGCAACUGCUUGGCAUGCUAUUUCCACAGGCACGAUGUUCACUGUCUACUAUAAGCCUAGGACUAGCCCUUCUGAAUUCAUUGUUCCAUAUGACCAAUAUAUGGAGUCUAUUAAGAAGAGCUACACCAUAGGAAUGCGGUUUAAAAUGAGAUUUGAAGGUGAAGAGGCUCCUGAGCAGAGAUUCACCGGUACUAUCAUUGGAUGUGAAGAUGCUGAUCCCAAAAGGUGGAAAGAUUCCAAGUGGAGAUGCCUGAAGGUGAGAUGGGAUGAAACUUCUACUAUUUCUCGUCCGGAGAAGGUCUCACCAUGGAAAAUUGAGCCUGCCCUUGCUCCUCCUGCACUGAAUCCCCUUCCUAUGACUAGACCUAAACGGCCUCGAUCAAACAUGGUAUCUACAUCCCCCGAUUCCUCUGUUCUUACACGAGAAGGCUCAUCAAGAGUGACUGUAGACCCUUCACCAGCCAGUGCAUUUACAAGGGUCUUGCAAGGUCAAGAAUUCUCGACCUUGAGAGGCAAUUUUAUUGAUGGCAAUGAUCUGGAUGCUGCCGAAAAAUCUGUUAUGUGGCCUCCUUCACUAGAUGAUGAGAAAAUUGAUGUGGUUUCUACGUCUAAGAAACAUGGAGCAGAUAGCUGGAUACCUCCAGGAAGGAGUGAGCCAACCUAUGCAGAUCUUCUGUCAGGUUUUGGAACUAAUAUUGAUUCAUCUCAUGGUGUUCGAGCUGGCAUGGGAGAUCCAGCGGUAGUCACUGCUAAUUCAAUCAGAAAGCAUGCCAUGGAUCAAGAUGGAAAGUUUAACUUCCUUGGUGGUAGCUCAUGGUCUGUCUUGCCUUCUGGUCUCUCGCUCAACCUGGUCGACUCUUGUCAGAAGGGUCAUAUUCAGGCUGGUGACUUAUCUUAUCAAGUGAGAGGAAAUGCUACCUUCAAUGGUUUUGGUGAUCAUUCCAUGGCCCAUUGUCAUAGAACAGAACAGCCUCACGGAAACUGGUUGAUGCCUCCACCUUCAUCUCAUUUUGACUAUUCAGUUCAUUCAACUGAACUGAUGUCAAAACCUAUGUUAUUUCAGAAUCAAGAUAUACUGAAACCCAAAGAUGGGAAUUGUAAGCUUUUUGGCAUUUCUCUCAUUAAAAAUCCCGCUAUUCCAGACCCUGUAGGAUUGAAUAGAAAUACGAUGAACGAGGCAGAUGUUAUGCAUCCUAAUGUACAUCAAAUCCAUCCAAACGAGUCUGGCCUGAAGUCUGAACUAUCUGGGGGUUCAAAGUUUGCUGAUAAAUCUCUUGCCAUCAAUGAGGCCGAUAAGUUGCAGCAAACAUGCAAAUCACAGUGUACUUCAGCGAGGAGUUGUACAAAGGUUCACAAGCAGGGGAUUGCACUAGGAAGGUCAGUUGAUCUUAGCAGGUUCAACAAAUACGAUGAAUUGGUUGCUGAAUUGGACCAACUGUUUGAAUUUGGUGGUGAGCUGCUGGCUCCCAAAAAGAACUGGCUUAUUGUAUAUACGGAUGAUGAAGGUGAUAUGAUGCUUGUUGGAGACGAUCCCUGGCAGGAGUUUUGUGGUAUGGUUCGGAAGAUUUUUAUCUAUACAAGAGAAGAAGUCCAGAAGAUGAAUCCAGGAUCCCUAAAUUUAAAAGGCGAUGAGAAUCCAUCCGUUGAAGGGGAAGAAGCUAAAGAGAUCAAAAGCCAGGCGGUACCUUCGAUGUCAGCACCCGAGAGUUCUUAGGUUUUUGCUUUGUGGGGUAUAGGUUUUUGGUGCGGUACGGAAGGAGUUGAGCAGAGUAAUGCAGCGAGGCCGGAAGGUUGCGGCCUUAUGUAAAAGGUAGAUGGUAGAAAUGAUGUAUUGGAAUUUUGAACAUGUGCAAGUUAGUAUUGUGGAGUGUAGUCCACUGUUAUACGUAAAAAUAUGUAUAUGCCCGCGUGUCUACGGAUGAUGGCUGGGCUGGCUUGAGUUUCCAAACCAUAAUUCCACCUUGUAUAUAGGCUCUUGUUGUAACUCAAGAAAUGUAGUGAAUCUAAAUUCAGUUGGGUGCGUUUACUAGUUGGGUUGGUCAGGCGGACUCUGCAAUAAAACGCCGCCACGAGAUGAAUGAUCGAUUUACAUCUAGAAAUGUUUGCUGCCUUUUAUGUGAUGCCCAAGGGCAAGGCAGAAGAAGAGAACACGCUCACACCAGUGGAAAUGUGUUUCAAAGAGGGCUGAGACCAAAAUGGGAUUGCAAUUAAAACUUGAGGUCGUGUAGUGGCCACGACAGCAAUGAACAUGAAGCUACUACUGCUUCUGGAUUCCGCUUCAAUAAUCCAAACCAAACUAUUUCCCUA